AUGGAAAUCCGAGCGGUUUCUGGGACGAAUGAAGAUGUCGAAUAUCCUGGUGAGACAUGAAAAAAAGUGGCGAAAAACUGAAUAUUCGCCAAAUUUUAGCUCACGACGGUCGGCAUUGUACAUCUUGCAGAACGGCUUGCGUUGAUGGUAGAUGGCGAUUGUGGCGGAGUGGAAGAUGAAGAUGACGUGGAAAUCAGCAUAAAGUUUAGCAGCUUUCCUGAAAAAAACACAAAGAACAUUCGAGUAAAUCUGUAAGUAAUAACAUAAAACUUAUCUGAAAAUACAUAGCGAAUCCACUCCAAACCAGCAACAAAUAUAGACAUGAAGAGAAAAAUAAGAAGACGCGCCAACAAUGCAAAAAAUGAAUGAAAAUGGUUAACCACGCCCAUUUUGAUCAAUAAUAAUGAGCGUGGCUUGGAAUUUUGGGGGUCAAUGAGCGCAAGACUGACGCGUUUUUUGUGUAAAAGAGAGGGGGAGGAGUUUGUUUCUCGUUGGUGUGGCCUGUAAAAUGUGAAAUGAGGUCUGAAACACCUGAAAAAAAUCUGGAAAACCUUAAAUAACGCCUGAAAAGCCUGUAAAAAUCUGGAAAACCUGAAAAGCCUGUAAAAAUCUGUAAUAUCUGGAAACACUUCGUUUCAACCCUGUGUUGGGGCGAACAAAUAGAGAAAACGCGGCGCAGACAAAAAAGAACCCCGUAAAUCUCAGCACUUGACUCUGUACACAGGAAAAGUCAGGCCUGCCGGCCGCGGGUGUGUGGCAGGUAUCUCAUGGUUCGCCGGACCGCAGCAGGCGUGCGGCAGGAGUUGACAAAUUUUUCGUCGGCAUGCCACACGCCGGCCAGAAAUUUUUUCAGCCGACAAUUUUUUUUUGAAAAUCAAAAGGUGUAAGAAUAUGCGAAGUAGUAUUCCCAAUUGUACUUCAUAAGAAUUUAUCGAAUUUUCGAACAGUGGAACUUUAAAACUUCCAAUGGAAGGUCAUUUAGGUAAUAUAGUUGAAUUUCUUGAAAUAGAAGCGAACUUUCAUAAAAUACAUGGGACAAAUUUUUGAAAAAUCGAAUUUUUCAUUUACACAUUCAAGAAUCGAACGGUUUUCAGUUCAAAGUUUGAUCUCUAAGCUGGCUUAUUUGUUUUUUCUCAACUAAAUAGUAUGAAAUGCAUAUCAUUUUGUUCGUAAUGAAAUUUCACAUUCAAUGGUGCAAAUCAUUUUUCACGAAAACUUAUACUUGCCGUGCGCAAAAAUCAAAUAAAAACAAAGGCGCACAUAAUUAUUUUCUUUGGUCCUACGCGGAAACGCGUUUGUGUGUACUUCUCACGGACAUUUUGCAAAAUUUUUUUUCGUUUUUUUUUCAUUUCGUUUUUCUGCUGUGUUUUUUGGGAGUAUUGUGUGUUUACUGGGUUUCUAACAUCUGCAUUUUAGUUUGGGGAGAAUAAUAAUGAAAAUGUACUUGUCGGCUGUUCGGAAAUUUCUUUGAGAACACCAAAAUUCCUCACAGCCAUAUACGUCUUCAAAAAUGUUUUAGACCGUCAAUUUGCAUGAAUAGCGUAUAUUUUUCGAAGUCGAAUUAGGUUUCUGGGGCUACAACACAGACAGCAAUUCAAAAUGCCAAUUUUACUUUUUCCGUCUUAUGUUAAAGCAACCCCUGUCUCGGCAAUAGUUCUAAAAAUCGCCUAGCGUUAGGUUAAUGUGCAACUUGGAAAUUAUAAAACCCAAACAAAAAGGAAUUCUGUAUGUUUUAGUGAAACUGUUGGGUACUUUAGAAAUAAGUUCGCCACUAGGAUUAGGCGCAGGCUUCAAGACUGCGCCUAUUUGGGCUUAUUAUUCAUUAUGACUUAUGUGAACAGCGAUAGUACUUUUCAAAACAAGAGUUUUUCUUUAUCAAAUUCUUGUACUUCUAUCUCAUUCGUUUAAAUCAUCGAAAAUAAUAUUGAUUACAGACAAUUCGUCACGAUGGAUCUCGAAAAAUUGGGGAAAUGCGUCAAUAUUCAACUAAUUCUUUGUGAGUUGAUUUUAGAAAUGUUGUGAAUACGAUCUCAAUACUCAUUACAGGUUGCUCGUUUCAUGA